GCAUAAACAUAAUCUGCCAACCAUAGUUACCAAGCAACUGCAAAACAAUAUGGCUGAAGAAUCUGCUACAAGUUACUUAGAGAGAGAAAUAUUUCCAGUGCUACUGCCGGGAUUAGAGGAAAUGCUCCAUGUUGCAUCAACAACAGAAAAACGCAAGAGAUUCAACUCGUUAGAUUACUUAGUGGAGUACCUGUACAAGCACAAUCCAAGAAAAGAUGGUCGAGAUGAGAUAACGCUUGCUAAAAUUCCUUUUGUCGAGGAAGAAUGGAAAAAGAAUCCAAGGCCACCACUGCCUCCCUCAGCUACACUAAGUGAAGAUGAAGCACGACUGAUCAUACAAGCAGCAUACAGAGGAUAUAGAACAAGGUGUAGAGAAGAUGUACAGCUGUUUAGAGAGUGGCAAAAAGGACGUAGAAAAGAGAUAAAUGCAGUGAAAGUGAUACAAAGAGAAUGGAGAAGACACAGGGAGGAAAAAGAUGACAGUAAAACAAGUGAAAUGAAUAUGAACCAAGAAAAUGAGAACGUUUAACUGAAUAAUAGAGAUUCCUCUAAAUUUUUAAAAUCAUCAGUUUGAUAGUAACUCAGAA